UGUCGUUCUCCCGCCGCUCAAGAUAUAAUUCCAGUUGCUACCAACGGAAUAUAUGGUCGAUGUGAAGCGUCCGACUAUCAGAAGCAGCAGAGCGAAGACAGUGACGUCAGUGAAAACGAGAAACUGGCAGACAUAGGCAAUUCGCGGCGCCGAAGCUUCAUCGAUUUGUCCAACAAAAACUUAACACGGUGUCGCAAAUAUAUCUUGGACAGUUCAAGCGAUGAUGACUUUUCUGUUGGAUGUUCUCAUGGUUCUAUUACCAUUAAGUCCGUUGAUCGUCGCAAAAUAAAUUCCUCUACCCUAAAGCAUACCGGAACGAAGAAGGUUCAGCCCGUCGCAAACCAUGAUUUGAGUAUUGUACUUUCUUGCAUGUCUUUCAGACAAAAGAUGUUUGCGAGUGAGGUGGUAAAAACUUUGGGUGGUUUCUACUUCGAGAAGAGCGUUUCGACGAACACGACUCAUGUGAUCUGCGGUGACAGGAAUCGGACGUUGAAGGUUUUGUACGGAAUUGCAAGAGGGUGUCACAUCCUCUCAUUUAAAUGGGGUCAGGAAGUGAUUCUUAAAAGAAGUGCCAUCGAAAAGCUGAAAAACGAUCCUCCUCUGCGCUGCCUUGGCCCGCUGUUUGUCAACCAAGACGUAAGUCCUCCAGCAGAAGAUAUUAGAGAAUUAAUCAAGCUGUGCGGCGGCCAGAUUGCUGUUGACGAGGAGUCAGCCGAGCUUUCAAUUGGUCCUAACAAGUUUCUCGAAAGACACAUCUCGCCAUUGUGGCUGAUAGAUUUCAUCGGUCGCACUUCGUACGGUCAGGGUCGAGUGUCAGCCGGCUAG